GACGAUGCUGGCUAGCCUGUUAUUGAAUUUGAUUGGUGCGUUACACCAUAUCAUUGUUGUGACAUGCAUUAGCCAAUUUUUCCUCCUCAGAUCCUACUCCCGUCUGUCUUCCCUCUGCUUUUGUCUCUCUCUAAACCCUAAACCCUUUGUAUCUCUCUAUCUUGGAUCCAAGCCAGACUGGACACACAAUUGAAGUGAUUUAGGGUUUUAAGGAUUUCCACAACCAAUAUUUGCAGCGAUGGAGGUUGACAUGGAGACUUCUCCCAGCUACUUCGACCCCGAAGAUCUCAGCACCAGAGAGCGCUAUCGUCGUUAUGGGAAAAGGCACUCAACUUCCAGUCACGACAAUUCAGUUUCUAAGUUCAGUGGAACCAGGAUUUUGUAUGACGGGCAGAGCAUUGAAAGGCGGCCAAACGCUGCACUUUUUCUUGAAGAUAUCAAACAAGAGGUUGAGAGCUUUGAUUCUGAUCAAUUAGAAGGAACACCUGCAAAGACACAAUCUGCUUUGUGGAGAAAAUCAUUGGCUGGCAGUCAUGGUGUAUCUGAGGCAGAUGCUGGUGCUGAUUCGAUAUGUCGACCUGGAAGUUAUUCAUUAAAAUCUUGCAAGCAUGAGGAUGAUGCAUUGUCAGAUGGUGGAGAUACAACUUUUACUUUAUUUGCUUCUCUACUUGAUUCUGCUCUCCAAGUCAGCAUGUUGGGCGAUGGCCAAGUCAUGGCUUGAUGUUCAGGUGGAUCUUGAACUAGCCCGCUUGCAACCUGGUGGAAUGGAUCAAUUUAAAACUUACGAAGAUGCAAUUGACAGAAGUCAUGGACAAGGAGACUGUGUUUCUCCAUCUACAGUUGGGCCAGAAAAUUGGCCACUACAAGUUCUGAAUCAGCAACCCCGGCAUCUGCCUGCGCUUCUUCAGAAACUCCAUUCAAGUGACUCAGUACAUGAAGCUAUUACUCAAGAAUGCAAGGAGCAGCACCGGCAAAUUGAAAUGAAUCUUAUGAUGGGAGAUAUACCGCAUCUGCUAGACGUUAUAUGGUCAUGGAUAUCACCAUCCGAAGAUGAGGAAAACGUCUUCAGGCCUCAUGGUGAUCCUCAGAUGAUUCGUUUUGGUGCACACUUGGUUCUUGUUCUUAGAUACUUACUUGUGGAACAAAUGAAGGAUGCUUUCAGAGAGAAGAUCAUGACUGUUGGUGACCUCAUUCUUCAUAUGUAUGCGAUAUUUCUAUUUUCAAAGCACUGUGAAGAGUUGGUUGGCAUUUAUGCUUCUCAACUUACACAUCAUCGUUGCAUUGACCUCUUUGUGCACAUGAUGGAAUUAAGGCUGAACAGCAGUGUGCAUGUCAAAUAUAAAAUCUUCCUUUCUGCUAUUGAGUACUUGCCAUUUUCUCCUGGAGAUGAUUCAAAAGGCAGUUUCGAAGAAAUUGUUGAGAGGGUUCUGUCAAGAUCUCGGGAAAUCAAACCAGGAAAAUAUGAUAAAUCAUCUAAUGUUGCUGAGCAACAUCGGUUGCAGAGUCUUCAAAAGGCUAUGGUUAUACAAUGGCUCUGCUUUACACCUCCCUCCACUAUUAAUGAUGCUCAGGCUUCUAGUGCCAAACUUCUCCUCCGAGCUCUGUUACACAGCAACAUACUGUUCAGGGAGUUUGCUCUUAUUUCCAUGUGGAGGGUGCCCACAAUGCCCAUAGGUGCACACACAUUGCUCCUUUGA